AUGGCGGCUGCUUCCUCCGAUAGGUCCUGUCGCCGCAGCGGUUGGGAGAUGAAGUCUGAGGAACUUGGCGCGCGCCUCCGCGACGCUCGCAGUCCAAGUCGCCUCCCUCCCCAUAAACGGGGCUCGGCCUCGGGGGGCCGGACUAACGGCUUCCAGAGACCCCCGUCAACGCAGACUCCCCUCAACACAGACCCCCCUCAACGCAGACCCCCUGUCAACACAGACCCCCUCAACGCAGACCCCCUCAACACAGACCCCCCUCAACACAGACCCCACUCAACACAGACCCCCCUCAACACAGACCCCACUCAACGCAGACCCCCCUCAACACAGACCCCCUCAACGCAGACCCCCCUCAACGCAGACCCCCCUCAACACAGACCCCUCAACACAGACCCCUCAACGCAGACCCCUCAACGCAGACCCCCUCAACACAGACCCCCCUCAACACAGACCCCCCUCAACACAGACCCCCUCAACGCAGACCCCCCUCAACGCAGACCCCCUCAACACAGACCCCUCAACACAGACCCCUCAACGCAGACCCCUCAACACAGACCCCUCAACGCAGACCCCUCAACGCAGACCCCUCAACACAGACCCCCUCAACGCAGACCCCCUCAACACAGACCCCCUCAACGCAGACCCCUCAACACAGACCCCCUCAACACAGACCCCCUCAACACAGACCCCUCAAUGCAGACCCCCUCAAUGCAGACCCCUCAACGCAGACCCCCUCAACACAGACCCCUCAACGCAGACCCCCCUCAACACAGACCCCCCUCAACGCAGACCCCCUCAACACAGACCCCUCAACACAGACCCCCCUCAACGCAGGCCCCCUCAACCCAGCCCCCCCUCAACACAGACCCCCCCUCAACACAGACCCCCCUCAACCCAGACCCCUCAACGCAGACCCCCUCAACACAGACCCCCUCAACGCAGACCCCCUCAACGCAGACCCCCCUCAACGCAGACCCCCCCUCAACACAGACCCCCCUCAACGCAGACCCCCCUCAACGCAGACCCUGUGUGAGGAGCAACGAGACGCAGGUGAAGGCAGGAGAGCCGAGUGGGCCGGAGUGA